AUGUUCUCACGAUCCAGCCCAUUCAAGACAAACCGCGAAACCCUACUCUCCUCUUUCCGUGACCGUUCCUCCCUCGAAACCUAUUCCAGUGACACAAUCGGUCUUAGCCCCUACACAGUCUAUGGCAUGUUCCUAUGUAGAGGAGACAUCACCAAACCAUCUUGCUCAGACUGUGUCAAUGACGCAACCCGAGAAAUCGCUAAAAACUGCACUUACCAAAAAGAAGCCGUCGUAUUCUAUGAAGAGUGUAUGGUACGUUACUCAGAUUCUUCUUUCUCCACCCUCAUGGAUGAUUAUCCUUUCAUCAUUAGAAACUCUGAAACCUUUGUCCCUAACCCGGGUCGGUUUGGAGAAACACUUUCCAAUAAAAUGGAUGACCUUACCAUCAAAGCGUCUUCUUCUCCAUCGUAUUUCUUGGAGGAUAAAGAACGUGUGACUCAACCAGAAGGUUCGUAUGAUUUAGAUUCAAUUGCUCAGUGCAGUCCUGAUCUUGAUCCAAAAAACUGCACGGUGUGUUUGAAACUUGCAUUCCAAAAAACCUUGAAGUUUAGCCGGUCUCGGAAUUGGGCUCUGACCUUUACUCCUAAAUGUCUCUUGAGGUAUGAAACUUCCCCUUCUUCAUCUCCGUUGGCUCCACCACCUUCUCCGCCGCGGCAGCGAAACGGGUCAUCUUCUAUUAACGUUAUAAAAGGAAACGAAAUAUUUUGGAGAAUCUUUAUUGCGGUCAUGGCAACUUAUUCAUGUGUUAGCACGUUUGGGUGA